AUGGACCGGGGGAUCCUGGAUCUGAACGAUCCCCACCGAAGACGUCAACCUUUAGUCGACGCCUCCAGCAGAAUCAACCACGUCAAAUCACCGAAGGGAGAAAAUCCUAGAGUUCAUGUGGAAGGCCUCGAUUUGCUCAAGACACCAGAUCGCAUGUCCGCCGUCAUGAGUCCCACUCCGAGAGACAAGGAAAACCUGCGGCUCUCCGUAGCAACGGAUUUUCAGUCGGACUCCGCACGGAACUCGGUAGUGUCAGCCGCGUCUAUCCUAUCGAACAAGGGCAAGAGAAAGACUCAUGUCGGACCCUGGCAGCUGGGAAGAACCCUCGGAAAGGGCGCCACCGGACGUGUCCGACUGGCCAAGCAUGCCGUCACAGGCCAAACUGCGGCGAUCAAGAUCGUCUCCAAGAAGUCUGCGGCCAUGGUACAAAGUGAAAGCAUUGCCGCGAUGGAUCGGAAUAUGAACAACUUCUCGGGUUUCUCAAACGCCCGCCACAUGCCUUGUGGAAUCGAACGUGAGGUAGUCAUCAUGAAGUUGAUUGAACAUCCUAAUGUUAUUAGCUUGUACGAUGUGUGGGAGAACCGUGGUGAACUGUACCUUGUUCUUGAAUACGUGGAAGGAGGUGAACUUUUCGACUAUGUCUCCAAGAAUGGACCCCUACCAGAAGAGGAAGCUGUUCGAUUGUUUCGUCAGAUUAUUGCUGGCCUUGGAUACUGCCACCGGUUCAACAUCUGCCAUCGUGACCUCAAGCCCGAGAACAUUCUGCUCGAUGGACAACACAAUGUCAAGCUUGCCGAUUUUGGCAUGGCUGCCCUCCAACCUGCUGGCCACUGGUUGAAUACUUCCUGUGGCAGUCCCCACUACGCAGCGCCGGAGAUCAUCUACGGACGAAAGUACCGUGGUGACAGAGCGGACAUGUGGAGUUGUGGAAUUAUCUUGUACGCCCUUUUGACAGGAUAUUUGCCGUUCGAUGGUGGCGACCUUCCCAACACAUUGCGCCUGGUAAAGAAGGGCGACUACAUGAUCCCUCCGGAGCUGAGCGAUGAAUCGGCCGAUCUCAUCCAGAGAAUCCUCCAAAAACGACCCGAGGACCGUAUCUCUAUGCAGAAUGUGUGGAUGCACCCACUGUUGACGAAGUAUGAAAAGCUUCACAAUGCGAUGGCAGACCAUUACAUUGGGCCACCCCCUGCUUUGUCAGUCAAGGAUUGUGGAAACCUUGUUGCCAGCCGCCAAGACGUGGACGGUGAUAUUCUGCGGAAUCUUCAGACACUAUGGCAUGAUGUGAAACCGGAUCACUUGAUUGACAGGAUUAUGUGCAUUGAACCCACCCACGAGCGAAUGUUUUACAAUGCCCUGGUCAAGUUCCGAGAUGAACAAUUGGAGAACUACCAGGGACAGCCACUGGAGUACUCAGCAAGUGACUACCACCAUAUUUCCCGUCCUGGAGGCAAAGCUCGCAGAAAUCGGAGCACUUCCAAGCGCCGCUCCCACAUUUCCAUGGUCAAAGACCUUCACCGUCGGAUGGGUGGGACUCAAGAGCCCAAGUCGUGUGCAAGUGUUGAAAGUUAUGAUCCGUACCGUUCACCAAAGACCAAGGGCGCUGCUUCCGAGGUCAAGUAUGCCCAGAUCACAAUCCAUAGGGAAGCUGCAGAGGUCCCUGAAAUUGGUGAAGUCUCCCCCGUCGUGAAGCCGCCGCCCUCCAUCGCAGAAGAAGUAGAGCCAGAGGAAGCAGAUGACGUGACCGGCUCGCCAUUUACUGUUCUCCAGAAGCGCAAGCAUAAGCCAAGCUCUAUCAAGUCUUUCCACUCGUCAAAAUUGGCCCUCUCCAGCUCUCGAGCCCGAGGCAUGUCUACUCGGUCAAUCAGCUAUCAUCGCAAUGUUUCAUUCCACCAUACUCGCAAUCGCUCGCAGGGCUCCACAAAGCCCAAGAGAAGAAAGACGGUACAGAAGGAACAAAACCAGCAGACCGAUCUCAAGCGGUCUCCCAGUGCGGCCAGCUUGCAAAUGAUCGCGGACGGAAUUGAUAUUCCACCCAUGCCCAGCAGCCCACCUCUUCCCGCUCAGCCAACAGUCGUUCACCGCAGUGGUAUAAAGGCUCGAAGUUUGUGCCAGGACAAGAAGAUGCGGGUCUCUGAUUUGACUUGGAAGGAAGAUGCCCGCAAGGUGUCCCACGAGCUCAGCCAGAUCUGUGAAGAGGCCUUCAAUGGCAGCUCUAUCUCUACUAUUCGUUCUGCUAGUGAAGAAGCCGGGUACGAGACGCCUGCGACGCCUGUUUCUAUCGCCAGUCCAAACCAUCACGCCAGUGUUUCCUCCAAGCGUUCGUCGGAUAAUCCCAAGGGAUCUUUCAAGGAGUCUGGCCGCUCUUACAGCAUCCAUGAACUUACAGAGACUCGGCGCAAGCUCGUCGAGCAUAGCAAAGGACGAAAUGACAACAUCCCUGCGUACCUUUCCGGCGUUAUUGGACAUCUGGAUAGGUUGAUUGAGGAGGACCACGCACAGCGUCACAAGCGGACCGAAUCCGGGGAGGUCGUUCCCGUCUUCAUGGACCCAUUCGAUACUGCACCUGAAGCAUUGCCUGUCAUCAACGAGGAAUUUGCAAGCCCUAUUCGUGGUCCCAGUGGGCUCACUCCCAAGACCAAACCGAAGUCUCGCCCCUCUGCUGCCAGUCGUGUGAGCGAUGCCCGGGCUACCAUCCGGAUGGUCCCGCAAAGCUCUUUGCGGUCUCUCGAUGAAGUGAAGCCCUUGAUGAUUCGUAAGAAAAACCAGCUUCCCGAGUCGGAUUCUGCUGAGCCUGAGUUCAUGGACCCCAUCCGUGCCUUCUCUGCCAAUUCCCGACAAGGCCGUCACCCAUGUGCACUGGAGCCAAUUGAGGAGGCUCCUAUUUCUCCUAAGCGGGCGGGUGAUAGCAAGAAGUGGUCAUGGUUCAAGCACCACCGCCCGCAAGUGUCCGAAAUUCCCCCAUCUCUUCCACCGAAAGAUACCAAACCAAUUGUCCCCAGCAAUGGCACUGUGAUAAUCCAAAGUCCUCCUUCGGAGCCGGUGUCGCCAAUCAAGGUCGCCGAGAACCGGGUACCCACUCGCAAGUCCUCCAUGGAGAGAUUCGGAGGAGCGUUGAAGAAACUCGUGUCGAAGAAGGCAAAUAAGCCUGCUCCGCAGUCUGAAACAGACAAAGAAGAAGAGAGCUCGAAGGAUCAACACGACACUUCCAUUUUCUGCAAGGGCUUCCCUGACACAGAAAGCUCUUUUGAAGCUGACACCUCUCGAAAUCCCGUACGCAACAAGCGUCUUUCCCUCGCAAACCACAACUGGUUCGCCCGUGUGUUCCAAAUCAAGCCGGCUUCCCAUGUCAUUGCUCUGAAUACCUCGAAGGUCAGGGGCCGAAAGGAGGUCUACCGACUCCUCCGUGAGUGGGAAGACUAUGGAAUGGAAGAUGUCUACAUGGACAAGGGCAACAGCAUUGUCCACGGACGAGUCGGCGAGGCCAACUUUCUACGUCUUCGAGAAGUCGAGUUCACGGCAGAGUUCUACACUGUGCUUGAGCACGGCCGCCAGGCGAAUCUGAGUCUGGUCCGGUUCAAGCAAGAGCGCGGCGCCGCAUCCUCGUUCAACAAGGUGGUCGACACAAUACACAUGAUGCUCAAGGGCCGUGAUAUGAUUGUCGAAGACCCUGUCCGAGCGAAGAAAAUGUCCCGCGUGUUGGAAACGAUUCCACACGCCUAA